AUGAAACCUGUUGGUUGGUACGUGCAUGGGCAGGUGUGGCAGUUCCGGGACGGCCUCCGGUGCGCGGAGGUGUACGACACGCGGGACCCCGUGCAGAACCUGGCCGUGGCGGGCGCCAUGGCCUGCUUCGUGCCGCAGGGCGCCGGCGUGAAGACGCUGAGCUGGAACGGCGGCACCCCCAAGGUGCUGAACCCGAGCAAGUCCGUGCGGUCCAUGGCGCUGGUGCACGGCAAGCUCUUCUGCGGCUGCAACGACGGCAGCAUCCAGGAGAUCGACCUGGCCAGCGGGACGCUGGGCGUCAUCCAGUCCGGGAACAAGAGGAUCCUCGGCAAGUCCAACCCGGUCUACUCCCUGCAGGUCCACGACGGGCUGCUCUACACCGGGAGCACCCCGCUCGACGGCGCGUCGGUCAAGGUGCUUGCUACAUGA